GUACCUCAAAACGAGGCUCCCGCUGGAAAACAAAAAUCCGAACGGAAGACGGUUGUUUGUUGUUCAAAAUUCUCACAUUUGAAGACCGCACAAUAGAAGAUAAAAUGCCUCAGUUUGAUUUUCCAACUCUGACACUUCCUUCUAUAAUGGAGUUCCUGGCAGAAUUUUUUACAAAUUCUGGAGGUUAUUGCGAGGAAGAUCUUUUAAAGCCUCAGCCAAGCAAAAUUCGUCAGCUGUACACUGAUCUCUUAGCAGUAUCCAAUAUGCCUGUUCAUCCAGAAAGUUUCAAUGUGCAGCCUUUUCAUGGUUUCCAUCAUGCGGAGCACCCAGAGCUACAUGAAGGCUCUUUCCCAUUGGUCAGCUUCAGCUUGGUCAUGAAGCGCUGUUUAUCAUCUUGUGGAGCAACUGAUUUCAAGAUUUGGGAUCUAACUUGCCCAAAGCCUAAACGGACAUGUCGCUUUAUCAGUGCUCUUAUAAACUGGAAGCGAUUCACUGAUAAUAGGCUAGCAGUGUAUGAUAAAAUCAAAAGUGAUAUGGUUACACUACAGGAGAGGCGAGCUGAGUUGUUGGGUGCUACUAAUGAAGCAAAAACCAAAAUCAAUAAAAUACAAGCCAAGAAAGCUGAGAAAGAGCCAGAGUUACAACAGUUACAAGAAGAGAUAGAUGCAAUGACUAUGAAAAUGAGUGAAUAUCAAUGGCAUCAAGCAAAAGUACAGUCAGAACUCCAACAGACAAAGACUGAUACAGCUGACAAAACUGCCAAAAUUGACCAGAUUAAGUGCCAUCAAUUGGAGCUGAAAGAGCAGGCCGACAAGCUGCGGUCUCUCAUAGUACAGUCACCAGAGAGAAUGAAAAGUGAGAUCAUGCGCACUAAACACAACAUUCAAGCACUGCGUACUGCUAAGGAAGAAAUCAGUUUUAAGAUUCAGGACCUUGGUAUAUUAGAAAGUAAACGAGAAGCAUCUUUGGAAAAUGCAGUACAAGGUGUGAAACUCAUCUCGGCUAUUAAUACAGAACUGCAGAAACAAAGGGAAGUGGAAGAUACUCUGAAAGGAGUGCAGGACAAGCUGUCUGGCCAUAAAGAUGUACUUAGAGACACAACCGCCACUGUCAACCAACUAAAGAGACAAUGCACAAUCAAACAUGAUAAACUUUCCAAGAUUCUACUACAACAUGAGAGUAAAAUGAGAUCGAUAAAUGAAGAUAUACAGGUCACUGUCAAAGCACGAGAAGCAUUGAGGGAAAAACAAAGUGAGACCAACAUAAGUGUAUCAAAAUUGAAUGAUGUGAAACUGAAGAAACGUAAAGAGCUUGAAAGUGAAUUACAUCGGCAUCAACAAGACAUGAAGACAAUGGAGCAACAGUAUAAAACACUACAGACAGCAAUUAAAGAAAACAAUGCUGUGUUAGCAGAUGCUUGGGACAAAAACAAUCCGAAAAAUAUAUUUUGCUGUUGAAGACUUAUGGAAUUUCAUGUCCCUGACUUUAUAAAUUAAAUACCACUGCCUUAUUUCUAGCGAUUUGUAACUAGAUUUCAAGAUAUGUCUUUUUGAUAUGUAUUUUUGUUAAUUUUUUUCUAAAUAACCUAAAAAAAAAACUACCAUUGCAUGCACAUCCACAUGAUGACCACUAAAGAAACAAGACUAUUUUGUUUCUGAUCAUGAGAUGUUCGCUGCAUUAGUAGUUUUAUCAAUGUCUAGAGCAAGGCUGGGUGCUGUGACUUGUCUAGCUAUUCUGUGCUACAAUAGGCUAAUAAAUUACAUACACACUGGAAGUCUAAGAGAAUCAACACUACGACAUUGCCACAGCCUGAACCAAUCUGUCAUUUUACAUCACUGCAGCAGCACUUUGUCGCUAGAUAGUGCUAUGUACAGGAAAGGUAUCUCCUGUCUCUCAUUUUUUUAACAUUGAUCAUCAUUUUGCAAAGAAACAGCAAUGUUACUGCUUGAAUGUCAAACUGAAAGCAUGUUGAUUUUUUUAUGUGUAUAGAAUUUUGAUUGUAAACAAGCAGCCUGUCGGCUGAGAUAGCUCCGCUAUGCACAUUUCAAUUAAAGAACAGAAGAUAUCAUUAGAAAAUAAA